AUGGAGCCGCGGAGGACAGAGAGGAGGUUCGCGGUGCGGUCCUACGUGCCAGCUGAUCGAGACCGUGUUCUUCAGCUCUUUGUCGAGGGAAUGCAAGAAAACAUUGAGACUUCGCCUCCUGACGUCCGCCUUGUGAUCGAGGACUCGGAGAGGAGGUUUAUUGAGUGGUCGCUGCAUGACGACCUGGCCGACAUUGACGCUGUCUACAUGGCCUGCACCACAUCCCCACGAAGCCACUUCUGGGUCCUCGUUGAAUGCAUCGAGGGGUCAGAAGGAGAGCAAGGCAAGCGAGAAGUGAUACAGGGCAUGGUUGGGCUCUACCGAGUGGACGAUGACUACGCCAAGGUGCGCCGAAUGAGCAUAGCAUCCGCCGUCCGCCGGCAGGGCUUGGCGCGUCGACUGCUUGACCACAUCAUCGACUACGCGAGCAAGGAGGGCUUCCGUCGCGUCAUCCUCAGCACUGGUCAGUACAUGUCCGCGGCGAACGCGCUGUACACGACCUACGGAUUCAUCAAGACGAAGGAGGAGCCGGACGAAGUCGGCACGAUGGAGAACCACUACGAAUACUGCCUUGUGCCACACGCCUAG